AUGCGUACCCCAGAGGCGUACCCACUCGUGGCCACGGGCAGCACAGACAGCCUCGAGCCACCAGCGGCUCUCGCAUCCAGCAGCCGCAUGGCGUCUCGAGGUUCCAGCCGGGCAGCGUCUCGCGCCAGCUCGGUGCGCGGCAGCGUCAGCGACAUGCCAGAGCCGAGCGCCGAGCUGUUAUCGAGCAUCGGGGUCGACCUUGAGGCUGGAUCGCGCCCGGUGAGCGUGCGUGGGAGCCCACGUAUCGUCGACGAUGCCAAUGUCUUGUUCAAGGCGCCAGAUGCCGACGACUUUGACGACGAGCACUCGGCCUCAGCGCCGCUUCUUCACGAGAGCGAACGCGCGACGCUCGAGGAGGAGGACCUCGUACUCUCUGACGGCCCCAUGACUGCGCGUGGAACCAUGAUGGACGGUAUCGCAAAUAUGGCCAAUUCGAUUCUAGGUGCAGGCAUCAUUGGAUUGCCAUAUGCGAUCAGGCAAGCGGGCUUUGUGACCGGCGUCAUCCUCCUCGUGGUCCUUGCCGGCGUGACCGACUGGACCAUCCGCCUCGUUGUUCUCAACGCCAAACUGUCUGGCCGCGACUCGUAUGUCGACGUGAUUCGACACUGCUUUGGGCCCAUGGGUUCUGGCGCCGUCUCGUUCUUCCAGUUUGCCUUUGCCUUUGGUGGCAUGUGCGCGUUCAACGUCAUUAUCGGCGACACGAUCCCGCAAGUGCUGGAUUUCGUGUUUCCAUUCCUUGGCGAGCACGCCGUGCUCAACUUGCUGGUCGACCGUCGGUUCGUGAUUGUGCUGUGCACAGCGGCCGUGUCGUUCCCGCUCUCGCUCCACCGCGAUAUUGUCAAGCUGUCCAAGUCGUCCGGCUUUGCACUGGUCAGCAUGGGCAUCAUUGUCGUGUCGGUCGUGCUGCGCGGUGUCGCCGUCGACCCCAGCCUGCGCGGCUCGUCGCUCGACGUCUUCUCCAUCAUGAAACCAGGCGUCUUUGAGGCCAUUGGCGUCAUCUCGUUUGCAUUCGUCUGCCACCACAACACCAUGUUCAUCUACAAGUCGAUCCAGAUCCCCACGCUGGACAGGUUCAACGCCGUCACCCACGCCAGCACCGGUAUGAGUCUCGUCUGCUGCCUCCUCAUGUCCGUCACUGGCUACUUGGUGUUUACAGACAAGACAGAGGGCAACAUCCUGAACAAUUUCGCAAAGGACGACUGGGUCAUCAACAUUGCCAGGUUUUGCUUUGGCGCAAACAUGUCGACUACUAUUCCCUUGGAAAACUAUGUCUGCCGCGAAGUCAUCGAGGACUGGCUGUACAAGGACAAACCCUUCAACCGCACACGACACAUUGUCAUCACCGCGGCCAUUGUCUUUUCAGCCAUGCUCAUCUCGCUCCUGACCUGCGACCUCGGUGUCGUCCUGGAGAUUGCAGGUGGUCUCUCUGCCACCGCGCUGGCCUUUAUUUUCCCCGCAAGCGCCUACUUUGUCCUCAUGAAGGGACCGUGGACGUCGCGCCAAAAGCUCCCCGCCGUCAUCUGCACUGCGUUUGGCUGUAUCGUGCUCCUGCUCUCGACGGCCAUCACAAUAAAGAAGACGUUUAGCGGCGAGGUCUCCCACAAGCAGUGCUAG